CGGGUCAAAGCUAAAGGACGUUGAGAGCUAACAUCCAUCCGGCCUCCCAGAAGCACUAACAUGGUUCUUCAUCCUUGACAUCCAGGAAUCAGCUGUGUGACUUUAUUUUUUCCCCCCUUUGGUCAAAAUGUCACUUUCAAAGAAGUUAACCUUGGACAAACUGGAUGUUAAAGGGAAGCGAGUCAUCAUGAGGGUAGAUUACAACGUCCCUAUGAAGAAGAACCAGAUUACAAACAACCAGAGAAUCGUGGCUUCCCUCCCAAGCAUAAAAUACUGUCUGGACAACGGAGCCAAGUCAGUAGUGCUGAUGAGUCAUCUUGGUCGUCCAGAUGGUGUCCCCAUGCCUGAUAAAUAUUCCUUAGGGCCCGUUGCUGCUGAGCUCAAGUCCUUGCUGGGCAAAGAUGUCCUAUUCCUCAAGGACUGUGUGGGUCCAGAUGUGGAGAAAGCCUGUGCCAAUCCAGCUGCUGGCUCGGUUAUCUUGCUGGAGAACCUGCGCUUCCAUGUGGAAGAAGAAGGCAAAGGUCAGGAUGCUUCCGGAAAUAAAAUCAAAGCCGAGCCAGCCCAAAUAGACGCUUUUCGAGCAUCCCUCUCCAAACUCGGCGAUGUUUAUGUCAACGAUGCUUUCGGCACGGCUCACCGGGCCCACAGUUCCAUGGUGGGAGUAAACCUUCCCCAGAAGGCCUCAGGAUUUCUUAUGAAGAAGGAGCUGGAGUAUUUUGCCAAAGCUUUGGAAAACCCAGAGAGACCUUUUCUGGCCAUACUCGGUGGAGCCAAAGUGGCAGACAAAAUCCAACUUAUCAAAAAUUUGCUAGACAAGGUCAACGAGAUGAUUAUUGGCGGUGGAAUGGCUUUUACCUUCCUUAAGGUGCUCAACAACAUGAAGAUUGGCGAUUCUCUGUAUGAUGAAGAGGGGGCCAAAAUUGUCAAAGAAAUUAUGGACAAAGCUAGCAAGAAUGGUGUGAAAAUUAGCUUUCCCGUUGACUUUGUCACUGCCGACAAGUAUGAAGAGAAUGCGAAAGUUGGGCAAGCCACUGUAGCAUCUGGUAUAUCUAAUGGAUGGAGAGCUUUGGACUGUGGUCCUGAGACUAACAAGAAGUUUGCUCAAGUUGUGGCCCAGGCCAAACUAAUUGUGUGGAAUGGACCUGUAGGUGUAUUUGAAUGGGAUGCUUUUGCUAGUGGAACCAAAUCCCUGAUGGAUGAAGUUGUUAAAGCCACUUCCAGGGGCUGCGUCACCAUUAUAGGAGGUGGAGACACUGCUACUUGCUGUGCCAAGUGGAACACAGAAGAUAAAGUCAGUCAUGUGAGCACUGGAGGAGGUGCCAGUCUAGAGCUUCUGGAAGGUAAAGUCUUGCCUGGAGUGGAGGCUCUCAGCAACCUGUAGUUGUCAAUACUUCUACCGCUUCUGUCUACGUCUCAGUUUAACAUUUGUUAUAUAAUCUACCUUGCAGACCAAGACAGUGAUCAAGAGUUAGGCCAACAUC